AUGGCACACUCGAACGCUGAGAAGCCGGUAAAACAACCCGGCGUGCAUGCACCUGAGAUAAAGGCAGCACUGAAUGCCCGCGCCAUGUACAGAACCAUUAUCGUCACGUCUGUAGUGUUUCUACUGCUGGCGUGUUUGGCGGUCAUUUCAAGUUCGUCUAUGAAAGAAGGUGAGGACCGCAGCCGGCCGCGGGGUUUAGUGCUUGUGGUGCCUCAUCUCGCCCCUGAUAUAUUGGAGGCAGCGAUGGAAAGUAAUAAGGCGCCUUUUAUUGGACUUCUCUCUGCAGCCGAUGGGAUCUAUACAAGACUGCAAACAAGGAAUGCAGAUCUGAUGGCCUCGCUGGUGACAAUGCUCACUGGAAAUGAGAACUCGACUGCAACUAACCUCGUGGGAGCAACGAGCUUUCUACAAGAAUUAAAGAGAGUCGGUAAGAAGCCUAUCGUGUUGGCGCCGUCUUUGUAUUGGUCGGCAGAGAAUAAAGAGGCUGGCAGUAAUAGCAGUAGCAAGAUAUGCAGUCAUGUUGGACUGUUCGACUCGGAGUGCUCUGGGCUUGCGUGUCCUGCAGUGAACGAGACGGCGUACUGCAAUGUGGCCGAGAAACUUCUCUCAUGUAAUGGCAAGGCACAUCUUUAUCAGGAGGAAACCGUAGAGGCAUUUCAUCAUUUUAUGCAGCACGAUGGUGAUCUCCUCUAUGUACACAUGGAUCUCUCCAACGGCACACCCACAACGAAUGAGGAGGCCCUCUCCAUGAUGAGUGAUAUCAGCGUAAUGGAUGGCACUCUGGGGAAGUUGGCGCUCGCGGCUAUUAAGCGCUCCACGGAGACGAAGGAGAGUUGGCUGAUCAUGCUUGUGGGAGCGGGAGGCGGUGGCCUUGCGGAGGUGCCGUUGAUGAUGGCGGCAUACGUCAGAGGUGGUCUCGUGCGGUUUGGGCCCAUAUCGAAGAACGCCACACUCGCUGAUAUCGGACCGACACUGCAGAAUUGGUAUGGUCUCAUCUCAGAAGGGGAUGCACAUCGAGUGCGAGGUAUGUGCUCCACCGGGAUUUUAGUUAGCAACUGUGAAAACACAACCAAUUGGCCUUGA